AUGGAGCAUUUGCGAAAGGUCCUAGCCCGAUUGCGGGAGCACGAAUUAUAUGCGAAGCUAUCCAAGUGCUCCUUUGCUCAGAAACAAAUUGACUUCCUCGGACAUGUCAUCGAGGAAGGGAGGAUCAAGAUGGACCAGCAGAAGAUUCAGGCCAUUACAGAAUGGCUGCCUCCUAAAGAUAUACAUGCCUUGAGGUCGUUCCUUGGCCUAUGCAACUUCUAUCGGCAGUUUGUAAAAAGUUACUCCCUCAUUGCAGUGCAGCUGACAGAACUUCUCAAGAAGGCCACCCCGUGGGAUUGGGGCCCCAAGCGGGCGGAUGAGGGUUGUCAUACUGAUGCUCUUUGA